CUUAAAUUAAACUCUUUUAGUGUUACUCUCCAUCUUUAAGGAUACAAUCUUAGUGGUCCCUACUUAGGAGUGAUAUUGAUCUUAGAGCUGUUAUGUAAGCCAAAUUUUAUAAUACCUGUUUAAAAAUUAGCUUUUGAAUGUAGUUUUGUUUAGGAAAAUAUCUGGUCUCCCGCAUUUUAUUUAUUAAUAGAGAUAAAUACUUAAAAGGAUUACAGAAUAAAUAGAGAGAAUCUCAGGCUAGUAAAGAAUUUUCUUUAUUUGAGCAAGGUCAUUUCAAAGAGACAGAGAAUUUUAGAGAGCUUUGAAUUGCUUUCUAAAGUGGCAAGAUUUUGAAAACUCUUUAUUCUUCGUAAAAUAAGCUUUAUUCAUUUUGGAGAGCAAUAGUCAAAUUGAGAUUCCACAACAAGAGGAUUUGAUAAACAAAGAAAUCCUAAACCAAUAAAAAGAUGAAGCCUUCCUUAAUUCUGAUUUCUUAUAUAAUUAAAUAAAUACUCAAGUGAUUUACUACAAAAUAUUGCUUUUGAAUAAAAUUACUUGA